AUGUCUUCAACUAAACAAAUGGUAACGAAACAAUACAAACAAGAAUAUAUUGAAUUAAUUAAUAGACAAAAAACUGCAGCACUUGAACGAUACAAACAAAUAUCACACAUAUACAUAGCAAUUGAUCAAAACAAACAAGAAUUAUUAAGUCUUUCCAAUCAACCAAUAUGUACACCAAAGAAAUUCAAAACUGAUGAAGCAAUACCAAUGACAGAUGAAGAUUUUCUUAUUGCUGAACUUAAUGGUCAUUUUCAAUAA